UUUUAGGAGGUCGCCCCAGUCGCCAGCCUAGCGGGUCCCCGGGCGGUGCGCGUUCGCUGCCUUGUCGGCUUCAGGAUGAUCGGCCAAAAGACCCUCUACUCCUUCUUCUCCCCGAGCCCCGCCGGCAAGCGACACGCCCGCAGCCCCAAGCCGGCCGCCCCGGGGACCGGCGUGGCGGCCGCGGCUGAGGAGAGCGGAGAUGCGGCGGCCAGCCCCGCCAAGAAGGCCCGGGCCGGGAAGGACGAGCCCGGCACUCCGCCCUCGUCGCCGCUCAGCCCCGAGCAGCUGGUCCGCAUCCAGAGGAACAAGGCCGCGGCCCUGCUGCGGCUCGCAGCCCGCAACGUGCCCGUGGGCUUCGGGGAGAGCUGGAAGAAGCACCUCUGCGGGGAGUUCGGGAAGCCGUACUUUAUCAAGCUCAUGGGAUUUGUUGCGGAAGAAAGAAAGCAUCACACGGUUUAUCCGCCCCCACACCAGGUCUUCACAUGGACCCAGAUGUGUGACAUACGAGACGUGAAGGUCGUCAUCCUGGGACAGGAUCCAUAUCACGGACCCAAUCAAGCUCACGGGCUCUGCUUCAGUGUCCAGAGACCUGUCCCGCCUCCACCCAGUUUGGAAAACAUUUACAAAGAGCUGUCCACAGACAUAGAAGGCUUCGUUCAUCCCGGCCAUGGAGACCUCUCCGGGUGGGCCAAGCAAGGCGUGCUGCUGCUCAACGCCGUGCUCACCGUCCGCGCCCACCAGCCCACUUCCCAUAAGGAGAGGGGCUGGGAGCAGUUCACCGACGCAGUCGUGUCCUGGCUGAACCACAACUCCAGUGGCCUAGUCUUCCUGCUCUGGGGCUCCUACGCUCAGAGGAAGGGCAGCGCCAUCGACCGGAAGCGGCACCACGUCCUGCAGACGGCCCACCCCUCCCCCCUGUCGGUGUACAGAGGCUUCUUUGGCUGCAGGCAUUUUUCUAAAGCCAAUGAGCUGCUACGGAAGUCUGGCAAGAAGCCCAUCGACUGGACGGAGCUGUGACCGGGACUGAAGGCGUGGGCUCCGGGCAGCUGCUGCCGACAGUGCUCGUCCGCGACCACGUGGCAUUGCAAAGCUCCCCAUUCCUAAGUACUGUGUGCGGGGCUGCCCUCUGACCCCUGUCUCUGCACGUGACCCCUCCGGACAAGAUCAGACGAGAGCCUGAACCAAGGCAGAGGUGGCCUUGGGGGAAACGUGCAGUUCCCCCAGAGGUACUUGCUCCCUCGGCUCUCUCCCCUCCGGGUGGGGAACGGCGGGCCACGUGCACUUUCCUGAUGGCCCGGUGCCUGCUGCUGCUGCUGUUCACCUGGCAGGUGCGGGUGCUGCGUGUUUGCUUCUAAAGGCAUUCUGGUCUCCGCCAGGCACACUGUCCCCUGGGGCUUCGAAGGAGCCCUCCGUCCUCUCUUGCAGUGUGAGGAUGCUUUGCAGUUUCUAGAAGUCUGGCUCAGAAGCGGGCUCAGUUUCCUGAUCGCUCAGGUGGUGUCUCUUGGUUUCUCCCGUUACCUCGACUGUCUAGAAGGGGUGGUGGGAGUUGAACCAGGAGGAGGAAGUGGGGUGAGGGGUUGUGUUGGUUUUUUACCGGGAGGGGUGAGUUUUCUCCAGUUUUCCCGCUGUGGAGUUUAAGGCAGCAGCGACUGCCACGUGCUGUUUUUUUAUGGACUGAGGUCACUGUGAUAUUUUUUCUGUAACACUGGAGGUUUUUUUUUUGUUUUGUUUUUUAACAAAUAUGCUUAAGCAGAGAGAGAUUUUUCAAUCCUUUUAUAAAGAGACGGUCUUUACUGAGUGUGCGCCUCCAUGCCUGAUCUUGUUAGCGAUGCUGUUUUGAGCUGGGUGAGCGAGUUAGCCUGCACAGGUUUGCUAAUAAAAGGUUAUUGAACUUUU